UAAAGCGCUUUGGUUGUUGAAGCGCUACGCUUGUGUGCGGAACUCUUCGUCGUUUUCAGCGUCGGAGAAGUUGGGAGUGCUUGUUGAUCCCAGAGCUCCGGUUUGGGAUCUGGUCUUGUGUGUGCGAACAAGUGAGGACGUCUGCUGUCUGUCCGUCUAGAGAAAGCUGUGUUAAUAAUGACAGUAAUGAUACAAUCACCGCCUCCGUCCUAAUAGCAACUGUUACCUAUGUGCCAGUCUCUGUUCCGAGAGCCCUUCGCGUACCCCGUGUGGAGGAACCUUUGUAGGAACCCUGCCAGGCAGGUGUUGUAGCCUGUGUUACUGUUGAGGAAACGGAGACGCAGCUAGCAAGGCAAUGAUUUAGUCAUGUCGGAUAAAAAUGAUACUGAAACUCCAGUGGUAACUGAAGCAACCUCCAUCCUUGAAGAUGAGAAGUAUGAGCCAGCCAAGAGUUCUGAGUCUGCUGACCAAAGUGUCAAACCAGAGGAUAAAUCGGAACCUGUAGUUUUCACUCGGAAAAGACCGGAAUCCAAACCUUCCAUCGAACUUGAGACUUCAGAAGUUCUCCCUGUUGAGGCAUCACAGGCUGCAGGCAAAGAGACUGUUUCCAAAGAUGUACCUCAGACUGGAUGGGGAUAUUGGGGCAGCUGGGGCAAAUCCUUACUCUCUUCAGCCUCAGCUACAGUAGCUACAGUAGGCCAAGGUAUUUCAAAUGUCAUUGAGAAGGCAGAGACUUCUCUUGGAAUUCCUAGUCCCAGUGAAAUUUCAACGGAAGUCCAGUGUGCAACAGGACAGACAAAUGCCAAAGAUAAUGCAAACUCCUCCCCGUUGACUGGGCCAUUUGGUGUAUUCUCAACCAUCUCUACUGCUGUUCAGACCACAGGAAAGAGCGUAAUCAGUGGGGGUUUGGAUGCCUUAGAAUUCAUUGGGAAAAAGACAAUGGAUGUAAUAGCAGAAGGGGAUCCUGGAUUUAAAAGAACGAAGGGUCUGAUGAACCGGAAUUCUACACUGUCUCAGGUUUUACGAGAGGCAAAGGAGAAAGAAGAGCUAUGGACCUCCAAUGAGGUUGCCUUGGAAACAGACAAGAAAACUCAUUAUGGGCUACUCUUUGAUGAAUUUCAAGGCCUUUCGCAUCUGGAAGCUCUGGAGAUGCUUUCCCGAGAAAGUGAGAUGAAGGUGAAAUCUAUUCUUAAUUCUCUAAGAGGAGAAGAAUUAGAGACUCUAAAACAUGAUUUGGAGCAACUCAAGGAAGCAUUUUCCCUAGCAGAGUUCUGUGAGGAAGAGGAAGAAGAGAAAAAAGGGGAUGAAGACUUUACCAAAGAGAUAACAGAGCUAUUUUCCCAGCUUCAUGUCUCCUCCAAACCUGAGAAGCUUACCAGGGCAAGAAAUAAUGCCUAUGAAUGGAUGAGUGCAUCUCUGGCCAAGCCAUUAGAAGAGAAGGAAGAAGGAGAAAAACAGUUGGAAACAGAAAAAACUGAGCAAAUCAGUAAAAAUUCAAUAGAGGAUAUCCAUGCAUUUGCUAUCCGGAGCCUAGCAGAAUUGACUGCCUGCUCAAUUGAACUGUUUCACAAAACAGCGGCUCUGGUUCUGCAUGGCCAGAAGCAGGAAGUGACAGCCUUAGAAAGGAGCAGAGCCCUUUCCCAGAUGACAGUUGUACUGUGUAAGGAGUUGUCUUCUCUGUCUAAAGAGUUCACCACCUGCCUAACAACUGCCGGGGUCCAAGAAAAGGCAGACAUCCUUAAUCCCCUAAUCACUGCUGUAUUUCUAGAGGCAUCAAACAGUGCUUCCUAUAUUCAGGACGCCUUUCAGCUGCUCUUACCUGUGCUGGAGAUCUCUCUCAUUGAGAACAAGACCGAAUUACCAGAGGCAUGAGCUGCAGGCUCAGGACCUUUGUCAGAACGUUGAAGAACAGAGAAGACUCAACCCAAAACUUGUAAUGGCCAAGAAUGCCACUCUCUCUUGGGUACCCCUGAAAAAGCGAAGGAGAAAGGAUUAUUUUUAGUGUAUAGGAUUUAGGCAGGAGAGCAGGUAUUCAAAGGUUUGCUGCCUUCCCUGCUUGGCUGAAGUAUUCAGGUCUUCACACUGCUCUUCCGAGCUGUUACAAUUAUUAAAUUAUUUGAAAAGAAACUUUUAUAGAAAGUUCAAGAAUGAUAGCUCUAGAUAAAGGUUAAUGGAAUAUUCAGGCAAAAAUAUUGGUCUUUCUUGGACAUGAUGCGAAACACUAAUAGUUUUGUCAUGGUUAUAUAUGAUCUUGCAGCCCACGGAUAUAAUUGGUUUGAAGCAAGAGAAAGAACAAUUUAGUAUUCUAGAAUUCAUGUGCUCGAUCUAUUAAUGCCAUGUCCUUUCUCCUUUCUAUAAUAAAAUCUGUGGCUUUGAGAAAACGGUAUAUAGAAACUGUAAUGAUCACCUUUAAUUGCCUAAAUUCUUGGAAUUCGUUAGGAAGUUUCACGUGCUCUUGAAUUCUCAGUAGGUAUUUGGUACUGAGGAAAUGUACUUGAAGCCACAUGAAUUAACUACAGCAAAGUGCCCUUUGGCUUCAAAUUGUUCUCCUACCCUGAGGUGACAGGCUUCAGUUAUAAUUGAGCCCCACUCGCCUGGGUUCCAGACCAAUAAGUGCACCUUAGAGAAACAGUUUCGUGUUUGCAGGGAUCGGUAUUCCGAGUCCCUCCAGGAUGUUUCUCACGCACACAUUAUGUGCAGGAGAAAUUCUGUAAUGCCAGCUCCAAAGGAGUAUGGAAGUUCUUUCAGUAAUGGGGUUUUCAUUAUUUGAACAUUGCUGAAGGGGACUAUACAGUCCCAUAGAGAUGAUGUUCAUUUAUAACAGGAUUUAACCUGUACGACACAAUUUGGUUUUCUUUAAUCUUUUUUGUUUUGUUUUAAUGUAUUCCUUAGCAUGUUUAUAAAUACAGCUUUUAUCCUUCAGAUCUUAAGCCUUCUUUUGCUCUCUUCAACAAUGUAAGAGGCUAAUACAGUGUUAUCUUCCUAAAAGUUAUUUGGUGUCCACUCUUUUUAAAAAAGAAGUCUCCAGCUUUGUGGUUGGAGGUAACUUUUCUGAGUGCUACUGCUCAUCUUCUAAAACCUUUAAAUAAAAUAAUUGUGUUGGUCAGUCAUUUCACUUUUCCAUACAUGAGCCCCAGUAUCUUUUUCAAACCAAAUAAAUAGCAAAGCAAAGCUCUUAUUAGCGCUUGAUCUAAUUAGAGUUGACUGAUCUCAACACUGUUUCUAUAUAAUCGCCAUAUUUGGGGGUAGGGGGCAGGUUGUAAGUGAGGAGGAAAUAGACUUGAGCUAAAAAGUUACACCAUCAGCACUAAGAUUUUACUGUGCUUAUAUUCUGUUGUAAUAUGAUCAGAAAAGUUUUUGAACAUUCCUUUUUUAGAUAAACUUCACACUUCCCAAAUGUAAUGCUGAAAUUUCAGAAAAACAAAACAAAAAACAGUUGCCUGCAGCUAAUAAAGCUGGUGUUCCCAGUCCUGGUUUGUGGCCUCAAGCCCAGUUGCUGUGUCUGAACCUGGAUCCUCUGAGUAGGGUAUUCCUUGAGCGAGGUUUAGGAAAUGGCCACACUGCCAACCACCCAUCCGUACUCUUGUACAAUGGCAGUUUACAGUUUUUACUUCCCAGUCUAGAAACCUAGCUAAGGAUUUUCUUUCAAGAAGAGGGAUAUAGAUACGGGGGACAGAGCAGUGACUCUUUUUAUGUGCAUAUCCUGAUUUUGACCAGUUUUAGAUUAGACCUUCCAAAAGGCAGAUGUGACUAUUUGCCUCUUUUUUCUUACUUAUCCCUUUCAUCAGCUUCCCCCACCCACCCAAAUGUUUUUUAAUGGAUUUAGGGGACCAUUGGUGAAACAGUGAUGAAAGGACCAAUUAAUUCUGAGUAACAAUUGCCUUUCACCUGAAAUAUAAUGAGAAAGAAUGAAAGUUCAUUGAUUGAGUACAGACAGAAAAAUAAGAGCAUAAAAAUUCAUUGGCAGGUGAAAAGGUAAAUUCGGGGGAUACUCUGGAACCUAUUGGAUUAUGGGGAUGAUUAUUGGAUGGUGUGUGCUUCAUUAUUCUGUGAUGAUACGUAGUCUCUUGGUGCUAUUUCUUUUAAGUUUUUUUGUGUCUAAGGUUCACUGCCGUGUCUUUAUAUGUACUAUGCUCCCUCCUUCCCAAUUCACUGAACACCGAUGUGUAGUUAUUACUGGGGUAAAGUGCUUCUUUUCCUAGUAUUGGGAUCUUUAAAGUCUAGGAUUAAAAGAGACUUCAUUAAUUUGGUCCAAAAGAAAUGAAACAUCUACCAACCAAUUCUUGUUUUUUCUUUAUAUAAUACCUUGCAGAUGUGUUAACGAUAAGUUAUAUUUACCUUACUUGCUGUUGAUAGUUUUUGGUUUUUUUUUAAGGCAGAGAUAACCUAGAUUGACGGGCUUCUGAAGUCUGAAACUGUAAUCAUAUGGCUGGCAUUCACAGGAGUCUGAAGUCAGUGUUGAUGCACAAAUGUGGAUUUUCUAGUCCUACAGUCAGGGAACAAGUCUUGUCUGUCCUACCCCGAAUGAGGACCCUCUCCUUUGUACUUGUUUUUAAUCUAAAUUUCUAUUUGAAAGAGAGAUGUUUUAUAAGUAGUUGCUAUUGAUGUCCUCAUUUGAGAGAGAUAGACAUCUUUUGUAUUUUUAGAUGUAGUCUGAAUUUUAAAGGUGGGACUAUUCCUCAGGUUGGAAAAACCCAGAUCAAAAUCGUGGGUAAAAUUAUACCCACAGGGGGCACUCAGCAUGGUAUUUCACAAAUGUCAAAGAUUGAAAUCUCUUACUAUGUCUUACCGAUAUAACACGAUGUUCAUUUUCAUAAAAGACUUAAAAUGAAGUGUUUGAGAAACAAAGUUCUGAAAACAACAAACCUUAAUGUGUCAUCAGGGUGUGUGGCUAAUGUGAGAAUUUUGAAAACCUGCCCAGUAAUAUCAUUUUGCGCCUAACACUCCGUGAGUACCGUGCACUCGUUUCCCCGUUUUACUUGCAGCCCAUCCUUGAUUGUUACUGUGUCAUCUGGCCAAACCCCAAAGUCCCUUCAUGUCUGUCGCUUCCCCGAUCGGCUCUUUAGGAAGUAUUUUUUUAACAAUUGAAGUAUUCUCCGAACUCAUCGGUCUUAGAAGCUUACACUGGUACCACUGUCUGAGCAAAAUCUCUGCCUUUUAGCUGCGGAGCUCUUCAGGAAAGGAAGUGGGGCCAUUGCUCUGUUGUAAUGAAUUCUGGCUGAGUUGGGUGGACUUACCUCAAAUCUAGUUGUAAUUGUUGGGUCUUCAGCUUUGCAGAUGUUUGCCAGAUGCAUCCAUCGAAACUCUCAAAUUGCUCCUUUUGGUGGCUCGUGUUUUAAGGGGCCAGUUUCUGCCAUUUACAUAACUACAGAAUGACCUAUUGUUCCUCAACUACGAGUGCUUAGAAAGAGGAAACCAAUGUGUGGAGCAGCUUGAGUACCAGACACGAUGGAAUAUACUUUUGCUUGUAAUUCUCACAACUGCUAUGCCCGGGGUAGGCCACUGGCACCCUAGUUUAUGGGCCUGCAGGAUGGUGUAGAAGUUAGGAGCAAGACAGACUCCAUCGAACAUGGACCUCAGCUCCCUCAUGUUCCCGCCUGUGGUCAUGAACAGGUGACUUUAAUCCCUUAAAUUGCAGUUCUGUCAUCUGUAGUCGAUCUCAAACAGCACUUGUAUUCUAAAGUCGCUGACAGGAUUAAAUAAAUGAUCUGGAUACAGUGCUUCGGAAAGUGCCUGCCACAUGGCAAUACCAGCCGAAUGCACAUUAGCAGGACCCUGUUCUGAACGUUUUACUUGUACUAAUCGAAUCUGCACAACAGCUCCACGAGCUAGGCACUGCUGGCAUGCCCAUUUAUGGAUGAAAGGCCGAGGCACAGAGGUUAACUAACUUACCUGCGAUCACAUAGUCAACAAGUGGUAGAGUCGGGUGUCAAACCCCGGGCAGCUUGGCCCCAGAGUUCCGUUUUCAACUGGGGCGCCACAGAGCCACCGUGACCUGCCAGCACAGAAAACCUUUAACAGCGAUUUAGCUGCUUCACUAUAAUGGUUAGGAAACAGAUUCAGAGGGUAAAAUGACCUGCUCAGGAUGUGGCAACUACGAAUGACAGUGCCUGCAGGGUGAGCCCAGGUUGUUUGGCUCCCAAACUCAGGUUUGUUCUAUUUUAUUUUUUUACGGGGAAAGGCUUGGAGGUGCCUGUCUAGUGAGAAACACCUGGGGUGGGCAUCUGGGCACAUUAUCUAAUGCCCACCAGGAGUUGGCACGGAAAGGAUAGUGUGCUGACAAGUCAUGUUUGCCACAGCAAGAACAGAGAUCGCCAUGAAGUCAGAGCAUCUGUAUCAAUUAGUGAUCAAAAAAGGAGAGAGGAGUAUACGGAUGGUCAUGGCAGCCUGAUUUUGUCACAGCCCCAAACUGGGAACUGUGCAGAUCUCCUUCAGUGGGUGGAUGCUUAAAUGGUGGUAUGUCCAUACCACAGAUAACUACUCAAUAAUUAAAAGGAAUAAACUAUUGAUGCAUGCAAGAACUUGGGUGAAUCUUGAGGGAAUUAUGCUGAGUAAAAAUAAUCCCCAAAGGUUACAUUCUGUAUGUCCCAUGUAUAUAACAUUGAAAUAAACUUGUAGAAAUGGA